AUGUCGCUGACUAAUCCGUUAGAAGACAUUGAUGAUGAACUCCAAGCAAUGGCGCGGUACUAUCUGAGUCCAGACCCUAUCCCAAUGGUGUCAAGUGAGAUCUUGUCACAAAGCCAGAACAGUAAGCAAAAGAAACAAAAGCGAAAUGAACGUGAUCGUCAGCGCAGCUUGGCUAAACGACAAUCGAUGACGCAAAUGCGUCAGCAGAUGAAAGACCUUGAGCAGCAGAAGCAGCAGCUCAUUGAGCAUACCCGCGAACAUAGUACGAAAUCAAAGAAGCAUCCAUUGAAUUCUAUGUAUCCGUCUCCAUCGACGUCCAUCAAACGCGAGAAUUUUGUGCGGCUUAGUCACGAGAUCGAAGCGUUUCGACGCCAAAACGCCAUUCUGACUGAGCAACUGCGUGAGCGUGACUUGGGCGCUGGCUACAUGCAGAAUCUCUUGCUUGAUUUUAGUCCAGACGAGACAGAUAACGACACGCACAGUAACAGUAGCGAGAGUGACUCGAGUUCUAAUUUCUAUACAAGCACGAAGAGAAAGAGUCACUUGCUGCCUCGGCUUUUUAAUGAUGACUCAAAGGUGUACUUCACGCCACUAACACGUGAAGAGGGUAUUGCAUGUGUGCGCCAAACCCUGCAGCUUGUACAUAAUGCCCAAGCUCUCUAUGCAAACGAUGUGCACUAUAACAAUCGUUUAAAGUUUUUCGGUUGGGGGCAGUAUACGCUACGACAAGGUUCGACCAUUACAUUUUCAGUCAAGAAGACGCUUAAGAAUAUAACACCGACACAGCUUAUGGCUACAACGUGGAAUUUGCUUACAGAUGGAAGAAGAACUCAGAAAUUGAUUCCAUCAAGUGUUAAUACCCACAUCCGACCAAUACAAAAGCUAUCAGAUGAUCUUUUUGUAAUCGACCGUCGUAGCGAAGACAGUUCACGCUCUGGUGUCUCCGGUCAGAAGCUUGCAUUACGUACGAUAUAUGUAUUAUUUCGUGUUUUAGACAGUGAUGGCACGCGAACACUAGCGAUGAAAACCAUUAAUUUGCCUUUGGUGAAGAAAAUGUUGCGCGAGGAUGAAAUGUGGUGCGAGAUCUUCUAUUGGAUUCGAAUGUCUCCCGACGGUACCAACGACUCGCCAAGUGAUGUUGCGACUGUUGCUGAGUUUGGCGGCUCAAAUGCAUAUACACGCGACGAAAUUGCUGAAUCCUGGCUUCGAGAGCUUGUAUUUCUUGCCAUUCGCUGGGAGACGCUUGCUGUAGCUCCUACUCUAUUGCAUUUUUGA